CACGGCGGCGCAGCCAAUGUGCACGGCCCUGGUGGGCGGGGCCGCGGCGCUAGGUCCCCUUGCGCGGGCGAGUUGGUAAACAGAUCUCCAGCGCGUGGCGUGGCCGGCGCGGCGGCGAGUGCGCAAAGGUGAACCCGGACCCAGCUUCUUGCAGCCGCCCUGAAGCUUGGCCGCCAUGUUUGGGGACGCCAUCAUGGUCAUGAAAGGCCUCGCUAAGCUGACCCAGGCCACCGUGGAAACGCACCUGCAGCACCUGGGCCUCGGUGGGGAGCUGGUCAUGGCAGCCAGGGCCCUGCAGUCCACAGCAGUGGAGCAGAUCAGCAUGGUCUUGGGGAGAGUACAGGAUCAGGAGAAGCGGGAGGAGCCGUACCCUGAGAGCUUCGAUGACCCGGAAUCAGAGUUCCACUUCUCAGGCUCUGAGGCCCUGGGAGCCGAGAAAGACUUCUCCGAGGCCUCCUCCCCGGACCAGGCGCAGCACCAUGAGGGCCCUGCUCCUGCCUAUGUGGCUGGUGGGCCCUUUCAGGAAGCGGGCCACACAGGCCAGGCCACAUCCCCUCUGGGCAGGGUCCACGGGAGGCUCUUUGUAGACUUCAGGGACCCGUUCUCUGCCGUGGGCCUUCAGAAGAGGUUUUUCCACCAGGACCAGUCGCCUGUGGGGGGGCUCACGGCUGAGGACAUUGAGAAGGCCCGGCAGGCCAAGGCGCGCCCCGAGAGCAAGCCCCACAAACAGAUGCUGAGUGAGCGCGCUCGGGAGCGGAAGGUGCCCGUUACGAGGAUUGGGCGGCUGGCCAACUUUGGAGGUCUGGCUGUGGGCCUGGGCUUUGGGGCUCUGGCAGAGGUUGCCAAGAAGAGUCUCCGUCCUGAAGACCCUACAGGGAAGAAGGCCGUGUUGGAUUCUAGUCCCUUCCUGUCCGAGGCCAACGCCGAGCGCAUCGUGAGCACGCUGUGCAAGGUGCGUGGGGCGGCACUCAAGCUCGGCCAGAUGCUCAGCAUCCAGGAUGAUGCUUUCAUCAACCCCCAUCUUGCCAAGAUCUUCGACCGAGUGAGGCAGAGUGCAGACUUCAUGCCUCUGAAGCAGAUGAUGAAAACUCUCAACAAUGACCUGGGCCCCAACUGGCGGGACAAGCUGGAGUAUUUUGAGGAGCGGCCUUUUGCAGCAGCCUCCAUUGGGCAGGUGCACCUGGCCCGCAUGAAGGGUGGCCGGGAGGUGGCCAUGAAGAUCCAGUACCCCGGCGUGGCCCAGAGCAUCAACAGUGAUGUCAACAACCUCAUGACCGUGCUGAAUAUGAGCAACAUGCUUCCAGAAGGCCUGUUCCCCGAGCACCUGAUUGACGUGCUCCAGCGGGAGCUGGUCCUGGAGUGUGAUUACCAGCGGGAGGCUGCCUGUGCCCGCAAGUUCAGGGAGCUGCUGAAGGACCACCCCUUCUUCUAUGUGCCUGAGAUCGUAGAUGAGCUCUGCAGCCCACACGUGCUGACCACGGAGCUGGCGUCGGGCUUCCCGCUGGACCAGGCCGAGGACCUGAGCCAGGAGAUCCGCAAUGAGAUCUGCCACAACAUCCUGGUCCUGUGUCUGAGGGAGCUGUUUGAGUUCAACUUCAUGCAGACAGAUCCCAACUGGUCCAACUUCUUUUAUGACCCUCAGCUGCACAAGGUGGCCCUCUUGGACUUUGGAGCAACUCGGGAAUAUGACAGGUCCUUCACCGACCUCUACAUUGAGAUCAUCAGGGCUGCUGCUGACAGGGAUAGGGAGGCUGUGCUGAAGAAGUCCAUAGAGAUGAAGUUCCUCACUGGCUACGAGGUCAAGGCCAUGGAAGAUGCCCACUUGGAUGCCAUCCUCAUCCUGGGAGAGGCGUUUGCCUCGGAGGAAGACUUUGACUUUGGCACCCAGAGCACCACCGAGAAGAUCCACAGCCUGAUUCCCAUCAUGCUGAGGCACCGCCUUAUCCCGCCACCGGAGGAGACCUACUCUCUGCACAGGAAGAUGGGGGGGUCCUUCCUCAUCUGCUCGAAGCUCAAGGCCAGGUUCCCCUGUAAAGCCAUGUUCGAGGAGGCCUACAGCAACUACUGCAAGAGGAAGGCCACUGAGCAGCAAUAGUGCUGGCCCUGUGUGUGGUGGGCACCUGUUUGCAGGAGGCUGGUGUGGACGCCCCUCAGUUAAACCCCUUCGCCCGGCAAGAGGGUGGCUGGCUCUCAUGGGGAAAGGGUGCUUCUUUGGAGCCUGGUUGGCUGUGCUUAGACACUAUUUGCCUCGCUCAGUGGACUUGAGCUGAGAAGCACAAGAAUGGAAAUGAAACCCCAAGUUAUUUCGGGGCUAUGAAGUAACUCCAGGCAAAAAGCAACUUCAUUUUCUUUGUAAUGGGAGGUGUUUUGUUUUGUUUUUCCCUAAUGUGACGGUUGGAAUGUGAACUAGGAAAUGUGAGAGUAAGGCCCUUUGAAUCCCAGCCAUCAAAAAAAAAAACAAAGCAAACCCACCAAAAACAAAACAUCUUUUUUUGGAUUUUA